AACAGCAAAGGAAGUGGCGCGCAACUGUUGAAAAACUGUCACACAACAAACUGAAGGAAAGUUUGUACUGUUUAAUUUCGUCAACCUCAAAGCUAAAGUGGCAGAAUUACAAGCAGCUUGACACGCUGUUCUCAUAACAGAGCGUAAAACAUGUCGUUUGUGAGAGUGGGGCGUCCACAACAACACAGCAAAGGAAAAUGGCCUGUUCGCCCCAAGAAGGCAGCAGCUCCCCAAAGAGAGUGGGUGAGCACUGUCAAUGACCUGUCUGUGCACAAGCUGACACCUGCAGAGCUGAGUCAUCGGCAUGAGAUUCACAAGUCCCACAACAAGGUUGCGGCUCAGUGGGAGCUGAGAGAGAAAUCUCUAAAACGCCGUCUCAGACAUGGUGGGAGUCCUGCACCUCUGGACCAGGCCAGCCUCAGCAUCAUCAGGGAGGUUUUCUCUGACCAGCUGCUGCUGCAGGAUGUGCUGGCCCGCUCUGACAGAGCCAUGGCUGUGGUCAAGGACCUGUUUGGAGAUGCUCCACGCAGGCAGACUGGUCAUCCCAGUGUGACCAUGGCUCCAAACUGUGACUCAGACUCAGAAAUGCCUGUUCUCCAGAGACCAGAUCCUCCGACUCAGCUGUCACUGCUCAGCCAGUCUAUGAUGGACCAGCAGGCUCUUAAUGAACUAGAAGCUUCAGAGGAAGACCACAGUGACGAAGAUGCCUAUCCUUCUGGCAGUUCAGAAUAUCAUGUAAUCCGAAGGGCCAAUGUACGAAAAAUGAAGGCACUGUCUCGGGGUAGAGUGAAACAGCAGCAGAAAACCCAUCGUCCCAUCUCUGAGCAGGGAAACAGAGUUAGUGUUCCUUCAACCCCCUGCACAUCAGGCAGAGCACCAGACCAAAGAGCUCUCAAUGCCACAGUGGCUGUUCAGCGUGUUCGGACCAGACAGAGCCAGUCAGAGGAAGCAAAGGAGGAACCAUCUGUCCUGGUUACUCAGGUCCUGAACCCUGACAAGCCUCACAUCCAGUCAGGAAGGAUCAGUAGUCAAACCAGCAGGACUAGGAAGUGUACUUCUCAGAGUUCAGUGCUGGAUGGCUCCAGUGUUUCCUCUCUCAGUGGGGACCAGUCUAGUCUGGGUCUGCUGCAGGCCAUGUUGGGUCAGGUGGAGGCAGACUUGGAUACUCUGAGUCCUGACACAGUACCAGUGUCACCACAGAGUCCAAAACAGCACAGAACACAAGGCCUCACUGGAUUCUCUGUCGCACUGGUCUCGACACUCGGACGUUUAGUGCACCUCCUCAAAAAGACUGAGGAUGAUGUUCAGAAAGAAGCUCAGGAGAGGAGAAGACUGGAGGAGGAGCUGAGAGAGCAACAGGGGCUGAUUGAUGCUCUCACUGCAGAGACUUUGACUUUGAAAGAGGAGGCUGCUGCCCUGCAGGCAGGGUUGCAGCAGCGAACCGCAGAGCUGGAGCAGAAGGUGGAUGCAGUGGUGUUGGUGAUUGGGGGACUUGGACUACUGGAAGCAAACACAGACCCACCACAAGACUCUGAUGUCAAAGCUGCAGUUUGUCAGUCUGCACCUGUUCCUGAGCGAAGACAAGCUUCUGUUUCUCCUGCCGUCCUGCUCUCCCCGCCCCGACAGAGAGACAACUGGGAACAUAUUCCUGUGACUCAUCCUGUACCGUUGCACCAGCAGCUUCCUUCUGUAGAUAACCUCCGUUCCUGUGAGGACAUCCAAGCCCAGACCUCAGCCUGUAGCUUCACCAGCCUCCCUCUCACCAGCCUUCCCUCCACCUCCUCACUAUCUCAGACGUUUGACCCUCUCACCUCACAGCUCCAUCCAGUGGCCAUGCUGGCUGAGAUCUCUCAGCUGAGCAGACAGAACGACCUGAUCAGGGCCCAGCUUAGUCAGGCUAAGAGCCCCGGGUCAGGGGUCGGAGGAUCGCCUAACAGUAGCAGCACUGGAAGAAUUACACCUCGGAGUAUUGGAGAGAGGAGGACAUCGGGGUCCAGCAGCACAGGGAGACAGAGCCCGAACAUCCAGGUCACUGACAGUGUGACUCAUCAGGCAACAUCUCCCAACACUUUCAGUGUGAACAAAGUGGAACAGCGCCUCCUAGAGCUAAACAGGCAGAGUGCAGCAGCCAGGGGUCGACUGCUGGAGCUUAUCGAGCAACAGAAACAGUCUAUUUCCUCCAAAGUUUCUCCCUCUGUCUCGCCCAUUCCUGCCUCUGCCUUGAGCCCACAUACAGCAGUUGGAGGAGGAAGUCCUGAGCUGUCCAUGCUGCUGCCUGCUCAGGAGCUUCUGUCACAGGCUGGUGGUGAGAGACGAUCUGCUGGUUCUGAAGCGUCUGCUCACAGAUUUGGAGGUGAAACCAGUGAGGGGAAAACACAGAUGGAAAAGCAGAGAGAGCGAGAAGGGUGGUUUUCCUUGUCUGCUCAUGUGAGAUGACAAGAAGAGGACUUAUGAUUCACCCUGAGAAAUCUGAGGACAUUUAUUUAAACCACAUUUUUUAGUAUUUCAUCUAUGCAUUUUAAUGACUGAAUUAAAUUUGUUGAUUUUAAUUUAAAGGUUUUGAAGGAACUUGUUGUUUUUUUUUUUGUCUUUAUUCUUGAAGCCAAAGGUGUAUCUAUAACAAAACAGUCACCUUCAGCCUUAAAUGAAUAAUAGGUUUCUGUUUCAUUAAUUGCAAAUUCAUUUGCAAUAAAUUAACCUCAGUUAUUAGAUGUUUAUUUGUCCACUAUGUAAGCUUUAACCAAGUUUAAGUAAUAGUUUAUAUUCAUUUGAACAGAUAAUCCUUUCAAAGUUUGACUUCUCCUUCAACACAUUUUUGUUUGUGUGCAGUUAAUCUAACAUCUCUGGUGGCAACCUUUAUUUCUGCACCAGCACUUUGUGCCAACAACACGCUUUUAGUAUUUCAGCUGUGGAUUCACGUUGUGCCUGUUUUCAUUCAACUUAAUGGAGAUUUAAUAUUUCACUCCCUGCAAAGCAAUCUGUGUGUAUCUAGGGUACGUAUGUAGUGUGUAGUUGUCAGUUCAAAAAUACACUGCUCGUUUGUGUGUGUCUGAGAUGCAGUGUGGAGGAGGUGGAGUCUCUAGACCCAGAGGCCCAGCAGCCAGCGGGGCUGUAUGCACAGGCCCCCUAAAGAUUUUAAACUUCAGCUUCAUCAAAUCCACAUUAAGGUCUAUAGUGAGCGUGCUCAGACUGCCUGUCUGUCCAUCUGUCUUUUUGUUCCUGAGGCUGUGGUUUGGUUUAGUUAUGGUCUGUCCCCACGUCUCUGAAACAUGUUUGAUAUUACAUAGUUUCAGUGCAUUUUUGUUUAAUUUGUGUUUUUUAAAAGGAGAUAGAAGUUGCGUGUCUAAAAGCCAUGAAGGGAAAAGGGGCAAGAGUGAGAGAGGGGGAGGAGUGACGAGUUGCUUCAACCCAUUAAGUCCUUUCCACUGUGGCUUCGACUAAAGUAUGGCCUGUUGUGGCUAUUUAUGGUACACAAACAUACUACACAUGCACAUGCACACAAACAUUUGUUUUUUCUUCUUUUCUCUGAUUCUUUCAUCUCCAAAGUCUGUUUAUCUUGGUCUCUGUGGUUUCUGUUUUAGUCUUUUUAAGUUAGUCUUUUUUCUUUCAGUUCUUUCUCCUUUACUAUGAAUCUGUUUUUCUCAAAAAUCCACACAGACAAUAAGGUUCAACUGUAAUUUACUAGCUUGG